AUGCCUGAAGCAGGAACUGUAACGGCUACUGAAAAAAAGAUUCCAGCAAGCACUGUUAAUGAUGAUGCCAUAGUGACUACUACCACAACUUCGACUUCAACAUCAAGUAAUGGGAAAGAAAAUUCAAGUCCUUUAAGAGAUAAAAAUAUACAGAAAUCACCUUCCCCACAAAACAGAGCUUUACCCGUAUUAAGUAGAGCAGAUACAGGAAGAGAAACAACGAGUAGUAGUAAUAAUAGUGCUACAUCUAAUGCAGCCACCACAUUAGCUAAUAUGAAUUCAAAUGUAGCUCCUAUAUCCGUGCCUACAACAAUGCCACAAUCUGCUACAUCAAGAAGAUACAAUAAUGUUGAAGAUAUAAUCACACCUACUAUAACUGAAACACCUCCACCACCAUCAAGUGAAAAUAAACAAAAUGAUUUACAAGUGAAACCAAAACGGAAUUCUUUACGUAGAGCAAAUAUCCCACCACCUCUAGGUUUACAACUUCAAAAUGAUAAUACCGCGUCAGGGGCAUCUUCUGCACCUGAACCAUCAAAUAGAAACAAUAAUACCAUACGAGAAAACAAUAAUAAACUUCAUAUUCCAUUAGAUCCACAAUCUGCCUCUGCCAGACGUUAUUCUGCUACUACAACUAAAAGCGGAGGGGUAACAAAACCAAGAGUUAGAUAUUUAGGUAAAAUGUCAAGGUAUCCACCAAAUUCUUAUCCUAAUCAAAACACAACACUUAGGAGGCCAUCACAAGGUACUGUGCCACCAGCGCAAUUACAAGCACAAGCACAAUUAAAUGCCAUGUUUCUGUAUAAUCAACAACAGCAACAACAACAACAACAAUAUAUGGCUACAAUGAUGAUGAUGGGAAUGUACCCAUAUAUGUAUAAUGAUAAUGUACCUAUGCAAAUGCCAAUUCCACAAAUGCCAAUACCAAUGGGACAACCACAAAAUCAACCUCCUGUGCCGGUGGAUAUGAACAUAGGACCAAGAUCAGCAAUGCUGCCGAAUUUUCCACCACAAACAUAUCCAUAUUUCAGGAAUCAAAGUACCAUUGAUAGUAGUUCAUCAAGUUUAUUAAGCAAAGGUUACCAAGGAAUAGAUAGUACGCUUCAUAACCAUCAAGUACAACAGCAACAUCCCCAACAACCACAACAACCUCGCCCACAACCACCAAAUUUACAACAAAAUAGCUCACCUCACAAAGAACAUUUUGAUCGAGGUGAUGUCGAAGAAGAAGAAGAUGAUGACGAUGAAGAAGAAGAGGAAGAAGAAGCUGAUCUUGCAAUAGAAUCCGAUGCUCUCCCAACACCAAUAUUUACAAGACGCCCACCGCCUCCGGAGAUGAUGCAAGGUGAAAUCAGAAUCAUGCAAAACAAGUUUUCAUUUGAAUUCCCUGCAACAAAUCCAGCAAUCGAUAGAAAGAUGUUCUUGAGCAUUUGCAAUAAGAUAUGGACAGAAUCCCGCGAACUGGAAAAGGAUAUAUAA